AUGCCUGAAAAUCGGAAGCCAGGGUCGGCAUUACCAGUCGAACCCCUCGGCCAAAGCAUAUCGGGCCCCAGUGGACGACUAUCAACAUCAUUAGAGAUUGAAGACCCGCCCCCUGAAAAUCUCAAGCAUCGUCUGCAUGAGUGGGCAGGCACUGGAGCACGCAACGAUGACGAAGAUGAUCAAGGUGAAGAAUAUGAGCUUCUCAUGGACCCAAACCUCCCCCGAGAGUAUGAGACGAGACGAAAGAACUCGCAAGAGUCUGGAGAUGAGGCGGCUUUGAUCAAGGAUGAUGAAGACGAGAAUGAGGAAGAAGAGAACUCGCCAUAUCCUGAAGUUCGAGCUGCAGUGCGUAACUUUGACGAGGACCUUCCGUGCAACACUGUACGAGCAUGGACCAUAGGAAUGCUACUCGUUGUCGUAGGUGCUUCAAUGAACACCCUGUUCUCACUGCGCCAACCGUCCAUUAGCAUUGGUCCUCUUAUCGCCCAAAUCGUUGCAUGGCCUAUGGGUCAUGGCUGGGCCAAGUUUGUGCCAGAACGGGAGUUCACCACUUUUGGAAUAAAAUGGACUCUCAACCCUGGACCAUUCAACGUGAAGGAGCACGCUAUCAUUGUCGUCAUGGCCAGUGUCUCGUUCUCAGUGGCAUAUGCAACCGAUAUCAUUCUGGCACAAGUCGUUUUCUACAAGCAGGACUUUGGCAUCGUGUUCCAGCUUCUUUUGACCAUCUCAACUCAAUCGGUAGGCUACGGUAUCGCAGGCAUGUUACGCAAAUUCUUGGUGUAUCCCGCAUCCAUGAUCUGGCCCGAGAAUCUCGCUGGUGUUACUCUUAUGAAUGCCAUGUACGAGAGAAACGAUGCUCCAGACCCUAGUGUUAUAGGAGGCGCAAUGCACAGGUAUAAAUGGUUCGCUAUUGUGACCGCAUGCUCCUUCUUCUACUACUUCAUCCCGGGUUUCCUGGCCCAGUUCCUAAGUAUUUUUGCCGUAGCUACUUGGAUGGCCCCUCAAAACCCCAUUGUGAAUCAACUGUUCGGCGGCCAAACAGGUCUAUCUCUUCUUCCCAUUACUUUCGACUGGGCGCAGAUUGCAGGAUACGUUGGCUCGCCGCUCAUUCCGCCGUGGCAUGCCAUCGCCAAUACUCUCAUCGGCGUCGUUGUUUUCUUCGUCAUCGGAUCUUCUGUCCUUCAUUUCGGAGGAGCAUGGUAUGGCGAGUAUUUGCCAAUGAGCGACUCUGGCACAUAUGAUAAUACGGGAGCUCGCUACAACACCACACGGAUUCUCACAAAGGACUUCACACUAAACGAAGAGGAGUACAAAAACUACUCGCCCCUUUUCAUCAGUACGACUUUCGCAAUUUCUUACGGCCUGUCCUUUGCUGCUAUAUCUUCGCUCGUCGUGUACACGUAUCUUCACAACGGAAAACAGAUCUGGCAACAAUGGAGAAACAGCACGAAUGAGAAGCCUGAUGUGCACAUGAAAAUGAUGAGAAAGUACAAAGAGGCGCCUACUUGGUGGUACAUGUCACUCUUUGCAAUUAUGCUCCUGAUCGGGUUCUACACAGUACUUGGGUAUCCUACCAACCUCUCUUGGUGGGCCUUUCUACUUGCUAUUGCAAUCUCUUUUGGAUUCGCUCUUCCUAUAGGCAUCAUCCAAGCUGUGACGAAUACUCAAAUUGGCUUAAACGUCUUGACAGAAUUCAUCUACGGAUACCUUCAACCAGGCCGACCUCUGGCCCUAAUGAUUUUUAAAACAUAUGGGUACAUCACAAUGGCGCAGUCUCUUCGCUUUGUCUCAGACUUGAAGUUCGGACACUACAUGAAGAUCCCUCCUCGAACCAUGUUCCUGUCUCAAGUUGUCGCCACAACAUUCUCGUGCUUUAUUCAGAUCGUUGUCCUGAACCUGUCUCUGAAUAAUAUCCCCGAUGUCUGUGAGCAGCACCAGGUAGAUCACUUUACGUGUCCUGGAGGUCGCGUCUUCUUCGCUGCCUCGAUAAUAUGGGGUCUACUAGGACCUGCCCGCAUGUUCUCGCCUGGCCAAGUCUACUCCGGCCUUUUUGUCUUCUUCGUCAUUGGUGCCGUCGCCCCCGUAGUCAUCUACUUCCUGGCCAAGCGCAGGCCCAAGUCUCCAGUGCGGUUCCUCAUGGCACCUCUCAUCUUUGGAGGUGCAGGGGCUAUGCCACCUGCGACACCCCUCAAUUAUCUUUCAUGGGGGGCAGUUGGCUUCCUCUUUCAGUUCUGGAUCAAGAAGCGCCACUUCAGAUGGUGGUCAAGACUCAACUUUCUUACAUCGUCUGCACUCGAUCUCGGGCUCGCCCUUGCAACCCUGUUCAUCUUCUUUGCGUUCACGCUGCAUGGUAUAGAUCCACCAAGCUGGUGGGGAAACGACAUCGUCUCGUCGACGAUGGAUGUCCAAGGUACCGCGAUACAGGCACAUGUGGCCGAGGGAGCGCGGUUCGGGCCUAAGAGCUGGUGA